CUCGGAGAAAGUGGUCGUGUCUGUGCUCCGCGAGUAUGGGUCCCCGAAAGCAAUAUUUGGGGCCCAUAAACAGUGGUCCUCGCCUUCCGAAAUCAACGAGAACUUACCUGCAAAGAUGUGCGUAUGCGCGAGGCACCAAUGACAACUAAAGCGGCAUCGACGCUGUACCGGCCGCAACGCCAGAUGUGCCUUGUGGAGACGGCGGCUAUGUGGACAAUGUGGACAACGUGGACGCUGAGGAAAUGCCGGAAGAUGACAACUGUGGACCCGAAACUAACGCGGCUAUCUCUGAAGAACCUGUGCAAAGUGGCAGUGAACAAUCGGCUCAGGACGUGCUGUUGAUGGUACUGAACUUUGCGCUGGAGUGUCUUGGAAGGCAGUUGAAGCUCUGCAGAGACUCAUUGUACGUAUCCUCGACAGGCACGACGUUCCGACGUCAAAAUAUAUGUUCAAAAAGAAAGUUGGAGUCAGUAACCGGGACGCCCGGUUCCAUUUCUACUGUGCGCCUUGCAUAAGUUCACUCGCAGAGAAGUCGGGCGAUCUGCAGCAACGAAAUAACUUUCAGGCCAGCUGCUCAACUUGUCACAAGAGUUACAGUGGACGGACGUUGGUGCUAGGCGGCAACUUUUUCAUCACCUUGCCGAAUGUCCAGCAGCUUUCUUCCUUGCUCUGCGAUCAAGGUGUCGCGAAUGCUUUAGUUAAAAAGCUGCAAUCUAUCAACGCUCAAGAUCGGGCUAAAGACAGGUUAGCUGACGUGAGCGAAGUCGGCGACAUAACUGAUGGCUCUAUGUACCAAGAAUUGAGACAAGAAUUGGAGGAGGGUGACCUCACGAUAACCUUCAACGCUGAUGGCAGUCCGGUUUUCAAAUCCUCCAAACUUUCUAUUUGGCCGAUCCAGAUUUCUCUGAACGAGCUACCACCACAGUUGAGGUGCAAAAACAUUAUAAUCAGUGCGUUGUGGUAUGGCCAAUAUGAUUCUACUAUCCCGAUAUGAUUCUACUUCUCGAAAGAUUUGUGCAGCAAUUCAGAGAUAUCACUGCCAACCUAGGUGUGACUUGGAUGGCUGGCACCAGAACAAUGCAUUCGAAGGUGUACUGCCUCAGCUGUUGUGCUGAUGCUCCGGCCCGAGCACUGCUGCAAAAUUUCACGCAGUAUAAUGGCUAUUAUGGCUGUGGGUGGUGCCUCCAAGAAGGAAAAACCGUGGAUGGGACUAUCAAGUACCCAAUGGAUCUGACUGUCAAGCGUGAAAGAAAUGCAGAAAAGACGGAACAACACAUGAAGAAGGCAUCUCGUCUACGCCAAGUAUACAAAUGCGUGAAAGGCCCGACACCUCUCAUUAACCUGCCACACUUCGAUGUUAUUUAGGGUUUCACCCCAGAUUACAUGCAUUGUGUACUUUUGGGUGUGGCGGCAUUUCACAGAGCUGUGGCUGUCCGCUGUGAAUGAGCCAUAUUAAUUUGGCUCGCCUCAAGUUUUUGCUGUCAUUGAUAGCGCCUUUGUGCAACUAAACCCCAUCAAUCAGUGUCACGCCUACCUCGCUCUCUUUCAGUGCGAAAAUAUUGGAAAGCUAGUGAAUGGCAGCAGUGGCUGUUGUACUGUUCGCUACCAUGUCUUGAGGGGCUCUUGCCAGCACGGUUCUUGAAGCAUUUUUCACUUCUUGUACAAGGCAUUGCACUGUUACUGCAAGACACAGUGAGCACAGAUGAGAUUACUGCCAGCACGAAUUGCCUUGCACGGUUUGUAGUAGAUGUGCAGUUUCUAUACGGCGUUAAGCACAUGACCUACAACGUCCAUCAGUUACUGCACAUUUCAAAAAGUGUGGUCCUGCAAGGUCCCCUCUGGGCACAUUCCUGCU